AUAGAAAAAAGAAAAACAAAACAAAACAAAUAAGACUCGAAAGAGACACACACACAGGCGGAUGGACGAAGUGUAAGUUGUUUUUCCCUCGGGUCGAUCUCCCCGUUGUUUGUUGUUUAUCUAUCGAUUGAUUGCGUUUUAAUUACAGGGGAAGAGGGGCAGAGGGGCGGAGAUUCGGGAACGAGCGCUCGACUGUACGGUGUGCUUGUACGUGCGCGCCCUCGGGUGCGUGCGCGCCUUUUAAUUAACAAACCGGUGCAUUUCUCUACGUUUUUUUUUUUAAAAGCUAGCUAAAAACGAAUGUAUUUCGAAGUAAACGUACGCCAAAUAAAUAGCUCCAAGCCAAAUAUAACCACACAGUAAGACUUUAUCUCCAAGUGUAAUUAUUACCCACACGAAUGCUGUUUUCGUGUCGUCUUUUGUCUUUAUUCAAGCUAAUAACCAAAGCUAACCCUCUGAGCACGCUAGCGACUGUUUUUACGCCUUUUUAUAAUAUUGGCGUCACGGGAUUCACCUCCAGGGGCCUCCAUGUUAGUCGCCCCAAAAAAAGCAGUCCUCUUUGUCUCGACCCAACUUUUCCUCUCGUCUAUCCGUCUGUGUGGCGUCCUAACAGGUUCUAUGCACAUUCACGCCGACUUAAGUCAAUAAAAGUGCCGAGGGAGGGCUUCAUGUGUACGCACCAAGCGGCGAGCCGUCCACGCCGAACCGCCUCCCGAAGCAGCGUCGAGACUCCGGCGGGGACCGAGCUCGCCCCGGCUCCUCCGCAUUCGCAGCCGAACCCAAAGAAAGAAGCCCAAGCCGGAGGAAGAUCAUGUUUGUCCCCCUGCCAGUGCCGUUCGUCUUUCAAAGAGCUGCUCCGGACCUCAGCGCCUGGCGUCUCAAGUCCCCCCUGGCUCUCCGCUCCAACUCCGAAAUCAGGAUGCCAAGGCCAGCUGAACUUGAGAAACUUGGAGCUGACUCGCCGCUGGACAGCACAGAAUCCGAGCGCAAUGGAUCCGAAUCUAAUCACCAGGCUCAGUCAAUGAAGGUCAAUCCUUUUUCCCUUUCACCGAGCCUGAGCGGCGGCAAGAAUAAGAUGGAAGAGUGUGGCGAACCAUCCCCGGCACUGGCUCCCUCUCACGGGCCCACCCCCUCCCAGACGGCACUGCAACACACACAACUCAUGCUGACCGGGUCCCAGCUUGCGGGGCUCACGGCUCUGUUGCCGGCGCAGCAGCAGCUCCUGUUGCAGCAGGCCCAGGCUCAGCUGCUGGCCGCCGCCGUGCAGCAGUCCAGCGCCGCGCAUGCCGCUCAUGCUGCCCACGCCGCCGCCCAGGCCACGCAGCAAGCUCAGGCAGCGGCCGCCGCGGCAGCCAAUCAGCAGGCCCACAAGCGGCAGCAGCAGGCGCAGCAGCAGCAGCAGCAGCAGCAGCAGGCAGGACAAACAGGCCAGCAGGGUCAGGGACAGAGCACACAGGAACACACUGCCCAAAGCGUCCCUGCCCCACCUCCUCCACCCCAGCUUGCCCUCUCUCAGCCAAUCCAGCUCACCGCCCAGGACAUCCAGCAGUUGCUGCAGCUCCAGCAGCUGGUGUUGGUGCCCGGCCACUCGCUGCCGUCACCUGCGCAGUUCCUCCUCCCGCAAGCGCAGCAGAGCCAGCAAGGACUCCUAUCGACACCAAAUCUUAUUCCGCUACCUCAACCAAACCAAGGGAGCCUACUGUCUGCUCAGAGUAGAAUGGGACUGCAAGCACAGCGAGACAAGAGCAUGGAGGUGAGCGGAGGCCUGACCUCGGUACCCCCCGUGCCCUCUCACCCCGAGGAGCCCAGCGAUCUGGAGGAGCUGGAGCAGUUCGCCCGCACUUUCAAACAGAGACGCAUCAAACUGGGCUUCACUCAGGGAGACGUCGGCCUGGCCAUGGGGAAGCUGUACGGCAACGACUUCAGCCAGACCACCAUCUCCCGCUUCGAGGCCCUCAACCUGAGCUUUAAGAACAUGUGCAAGCUGAAACCGCUGCUGGAGAAGUGGCUCAACGACGCAGAGACCAUGUCCAUCGACAGCACCCUUCCCAGCCCCAGCUCGCUGUCCUCGCCCUCGCUGGGCUUCGACGGCAUGCCCGGCCGCCGCAGGAAGAAGAGAACCAGCAUCGAGACCAAUGUACGCGUUGCCCUGGAGCGUGCUUUCUUGACGAACCAAAAGCCUACCUCAGAAGAGAUCCUGCUGAUCGCUGAACAGCUCAACAUGGAGAAGGAGGUGAUUCGCGUGUGGUUCUGCAACCGCCGGCAGAAGGAGAAGCGCAUCAACCCCAGCAGCUCCACCCCUCCCCUGCCCAGCCAGCCCGCCAAUGCCCCCGCCUGCGCACAACCCCACCUGCUACAGCCCGUGAUGAGCAACCAGCUGUCCCAGGCCGUGACCAGUCUCAGUAGCACAGCGGCGACCACCAUGUCCCCGAUCUGCCCCUUGACCUCCAGCCUCACCUCUAGCUCCGCCCCCUCCCCAGUGACACCUCCUCCGGCUCCUCCCGCCGCUCCUCCGCGCAGCACAGCCAGCCCGGCCACACCCGGCCACAGCGCCCUCAAUCUCAACGCCGGCUUGUGGCGUGUGGGUAAAAAGAACGGUGAGGUGUCGAGCUACAUCAGCGACUUCGCUGCAAACUUGAGGAACACUGUGAUGGGUGUUAACACAGGGAUGAACCAAGCCCUCCUCGGUAACAAUCCCCUGGCCACUAUUCAAGCCCUGGCGGCCAGUGGUGGCCAGCUGCCCCUUUCCAGUCUUGAGGGCGGCGGCGGCAAGAUGAUGCUGGGGGCAUCGGGCGGCCAGGGCGGUGGCCUGGCGUCCUCCCUUUUCCUCAACCACCCGGCCCUCCUCCACAUGGGCCAGGGCCCGGGCGCCGGCCUGCUGAGCGCGGCCAUGGCCAAGGCCUCGCGCCCUUCUCCAUUCGCCCCCUCGGCCAGCAGCAUCAGCCCCACCCUUUGCUCCCCCUCCCCCUGCUCCAGCCCCGCCUCCUCCUGCUCAUCCAGCGAAAUGGCACACAGCCCCAAGAUGGAGUGACAGCGCUGGGCGGCCAAUCAGAGAGGAGGAAGGAAGAAAGUGGGCCUCUCUGGCCUUUCACACCAAAGCUAGCUCUUCCUCUCCCUUGCGCUUUUCUUCUUUUUCUCCCGACGCCCUCCGUCCUUCCCUCCUGCGCUUUCCAAUGCCAAAAACCCACAGAAUGGAAGAGGAGAGAAGGAGGGAGGGAAAGAGGUGGGGAGAAGGGGGCGGGAAGGGGAAGACCGAAACCAAAAAUCUUUUUUAGUUUGUUUCAUCAGCAUCAGCGUGGCACCUCAAGACUCUCUGAGCAAGAGAAGAAAAGCGGAGAGGCCUGCCAUCCGGCGCCGAAACCAAAAAUGACAAAAGAAGACCAAGGAGGAUUUUUAAAAUGUAUUUAUUUUGCGGGUCUGAUGAGAAAAGCGGAGGAGGAGACGCUUGAAACCAAAAAUAGACCUGAGGAGGAGGAGGAGGAACACACAAUGACAAAAAAAAAAAAAUGACAACCAUACCAAAAUCCCAAAUACCAAAAAGUACGGAGAGAAAAGCUUUAUUCCAAGGACAUGUAAAUAAAUAGUCAAGCUAUCCAGGACCAGGACUCCACUGCUACACGUGCAUUGUCAUCCAUUUCAUAAAGAUGCUACAAUUCGCUUCGCAUUGCCUUUAGAUGUAGCUCAUCAUCUUCAUCAUCAUCAUCAUCAUCAUCCUCGUCAUCUCACCUCCGGUAGCGCGCUCCAAACGUAAGACCGAGCAGCCUCUUGGAUUGGAAGCCGCAAUCGCUCAGCGCUGCCCUUUCGCCAAUCAACCCGUGUCCAUGUCGUCAUCCAUCGCAGCCAUCCGUCCACACGUCCCACUGCCAUUUAACGCUCAAAACGGAAACCAAAGCAUUUUUUUCCAAGGCUUCGAGGUCUUCUCCAAGAGCCUCGUCCGAGACACUUUGACACCCUGACGAUUUCGCGGCGGGAUGGGAGUUCAAACCAGGACUCAGUACCCAUCUCCCCCACCCCCGCCACAAACCGUCACUACCGGGGUCAUCAGCGCAACUUUAAAUCCCCACAUGGAAAGUUUCCCGGUUGAAUAACAAAACGGGAUAGUUCAGUUGAACCACCUGUGGCGCAGGUUUGUCGAACGAUUUUUGGGGUAAGUUGGUUGAACCACCCGAAAAUGGGUCAGUUUUUGCCCACUGGAGGUCAGUUUUUGCCCACUGGACUGCUCACCAGGCUUAGGGUGGGACACACGGCUGUGACGUCACACCUUUUCUAAAAGGAUACCAAAAAUAAACCCAAACCAAAAAGAGACAAAAAAAAAGAGGACUUGAACGAAGCAAACCAAAAAUCACCAACCAAAAUGUGUGCGGAGGGAGGAGAGGUGGCUUUUGGGGCGGCGCCCUCAGUGUGUAGCACAGGCGGAGUGCCAAAUAUCUGCCAGGCGGGGGCCCCCUCCAGCCUCCCUCUCCGGCCCCGCGAAUGGAAGCAAACGCGAACGACCUCACUGAACUAAGUUUCUUUUCAAAGAAAUCCUUCGUUUUUGUCGGGUUGCUGUGAUGCCGUUUUAUUGUACUGUACCUUUUAGUGCUUAUGACCACUGUUUUGAACAACCCGCUGGCUUACUACACAAAGCUUAUUUUAUUAUUAUUUUUUUUUUUUGUAGUUGUGCUAAAAAAAAAAGAUCAGGUGGUUGGAUAAAAAGGAAAAAAAAUAGCUUCCAGAAUUUUUUCCAAAACGCCAAAAACCAAACAAACCAAAUACACAUCAAGUGACGGUCUGGCCAAACGGAGCAGUUUAGUGUGUUUGGGCUGUUGUAGUGGGCACCAAGUAUGAGACAUUGUCGCCAUGAUGACUUUGCAGGCUCGCUGGCGCCCCCUACAGUCGCAGGCAGGCGUUUACCCAAAGAUGACUUGGCUUCGACGCGGAGUUUGGCUCCUAAAAGGUAAAUAAAGCCUUUUUAUCCACGUGGACUCUUAGACGGAAUGUAUCUGUUAGUGCUUCUAUAGAAUUUUUGUAGUACCAAAAAAAAAAAAAAAAGAUCUAUGUUCUACUACUGCUUACUUAUUGCCAAUGUAUUAAAAAAAAAGAUACUUAAAAACAUUGACUUGAUUUUAGACCAAAACGUUUAACUAUCUCUCUCUCUUAUUUUUAAAUUUAGACUUUGGAUUGUACUAUUUAUUCAGGGUAGGGUUGAGUUUUGUUCCUUGCUAUUUAUUUAAAUUAUUUUG